AUGCUACAUUCCUUUGGCAUCAAGAUCCAAGACUGCUCUGAUGCCCAACUUACGGCCAUUGAUGGGAGUGUAAGAUACCAAUGCUACAUUCCUUUGGCGUCAAGAUCUAAGACCGCGUUGUAUGACGCAAUCAAAAAAUGUUUUUGGUCGUAUAAUGCACGUGACUUCACGGUGGAAAAGAUUUAUUGCAAUGCGGAAUUCUGUCCGGUAUUUGAGCCUGUGAAAGAUGAACUUGAAGUUCACAUGAACUACGCCAGCAGAGGCAAACAUGAUCUGAAGGCAGAACAAAAUAACCAACAUUUGAAAGCGUUGUUUUGGGUUCACGUUCAUCGAAUCCCAUUCAAGGCGAUUCCGAAGAAGUUGACUGUGGCACUUAUACUGAGAGUUGUAAAAAUAUCCAACUACUACCCGGCAAAGGGGGGACUGUCUGAAUACUACAGCCCGCAUAUGAUUAUGCAUCAGCGAAUGGUUGAUGCCUCUAAACAAUUUGUUGCCGAGAUUGGUGCAUAUGUCCAUAGCUAUGGGCAUGAUACCAAGAACAAUAUGGCUGCUCGAAUGAUCGAGGGUGUCUACAUGGGACCCACUGACGAUAUUCAAGAAGGGCACCGUAUUUAUGAUCUGAAUACAAAGUGCAAGGCAUGGCGUACAAAGAUCAAGGUUCUUCCAAUGACUGAUCAAGUCAUCAAGAUCAUUGAAGAAGAUGCAAGAUUGGAAGGAGUGAUGGAACUACGCACCUAUUCCAAGUGA